AUGCCCAUUUGGAACGGCCUUCGUCGCCGUAUAUCCCUGCAACAGCUCUCGCUGUACCUUGUGGAUGAAGACUACACGCUGAACCGCCGAGGAAGAGCGUCUCGGGAAGAUUCCAGAGACCUGACGGCAGAUAUCGAUAGCGAUUCGCUUAUGAGAAUGGGACUCAUGCACAGCAGUAGCACUGAGGGCCCUGAAGAGCCUAGAAGGAUGUCUGUGAUGGAUAAUGUGUUUGACCCAGAUGAACCGGUUCCGCUGUAUGAGCUGUCUCAGGAACACCACCAUCGGAAUAGACCUGAUUUUCAAGUUGGCGUGGACUGUGAAGACAGACUACGGCACAGUGUGGACCUGACUCCACCAAACGAGUGUCUGACACCUCCACCGCCUCCUCCAUUGGACCAGAACACGUACCUGUUUCUGGAUCCGUCGAGUUUGGCGCUGGUGAAUUCAAACAGUUCCAGCAGAUCGACGCUUAUACAUCAGAAUGGCAGUCUACGGCCUUUCUACGAGUCCAGACGGUCCAGAAACGGUAGGGAACUGAGAGAACAAAGCAGAGAGCCCCAGCCACGGAAACGGUCGCUUAAAAACUUGGGGCUUAAGUUUUUGAAUGCUAGACAACACUUUUUGCUUGCGGUUUGCCGGGAUGUAUCGUUAAUUCCGUGUAUUAUGGGACUCUGUGAGUCCUGGUGGAUCGUGUUUAUCAGGUCAGAGAAGUUUUCAAGUGACUCUGCUGGUAUCACUACGGCUCGUGGCUCGGAGCACUUUCUUGAAGGCAUUUGGUGUAUUGUUGCUGGCUACUUGCUGUACUCGGUGCUUGACGGUUUAAUGGUUCGUUGGAUCGUCACUUACUCUACUACCGGUGCCAUUGUACGGAUGUUAUCCAUGUCAACAAUUCUUGUGGCCAUUGAACAGUAUUUGGUCUCGGCUUUCUCGGCUGAAGGGUACCAGUAUGGACUUCAUACGUGGAUAUUGAUAUCAUGUGCAUUGACGUUGCUUUACAUUGUUCAGAACUUUGUCACGUCGAAUAUCGAUCUUAAAGGUAAACGACGUGCACGAUUCUUUGAUUUUUAUAACAUUGUUGUGUUUGCCGUGGUGCCUGUUGGACUAGCAUCAUUUAUCACCAUGAUUGGACUAUUACGGUCGUUAUUGAUUCUUCGGCUUGACAUUGAGGAACAGAGGCGAUGA